UCUCAAAUCAGAAUCCCCUCCCUUCGAAACACUCAUCAGUAUCUCCUCAAUUUCUUAUCAUCAAACGCUCAUCAGCUACCAGAGCCGUUCGAUCAUCCCGAUCCAAUGGCGGAGCUUCACCAGCAGUCUCAACAGCAGUACGGUGGCCAACAGCAGCACCAGCCCCGGUCCCACCAAGUGGUCAAGGCUGCCACGGCCGUAACCGCAGGUGGUUCCCUUCUGAUACUCUCGGGUCUAGUCCUGGCCGCCACGGUCAUCGCUCUGACCAUCGCAACCCCACUGUUCGUGAUAUUCAGUCCGGUUCUCGUCCCAGCGCUGAUCACCGUGGGGCUGAUCCUAACAGGGUUCCUGACCUCGGGCGGAUUCGGUGUUGCGGCGAUCACAGUGUUAUCGUGGAUAUACAGGUACGUCACAGGUAAGCACCCACUGGGAGCUGACCAGCUCGACCAAGCUCGGCACAAGCUCGCCAGCAAGGCUAGGGAGAUGAAGGACAAGGCCGAGCAGUUUGGGCAGCAGCAUCUCACCUCCGGCCAGCAGCAGUCUUAAGAUUCUUCACCAUGCAUGCAUAGCUGUACUUUUGGAGUUAGGGUUCCGAUCGAUGACGUGGCCGCUUUGGGUGCGUCGAUUAUAAGAGUUAUGUCAUGAAUAAUAAGAAAAGCUAGCUCAUGUGAAUGUUGAUGUGGAUGGGAGAGGUUACUUUUUGUUAAUUUAUUUUCUGUUUAUGGUGAAGACAUUUUCUGUUUGUUCUUUUUUCCUCUUUAUUUCUUUUUGUCUUCUUGUGUUGUGGUCUCUGUUUCGUUCUUGUAAGAGAAAUUUAUGUGUUAAAUAUGGACUUUUUUUUUUCUUUCUUCAAACAUCUCUUUUAACUUCAUUUUCUUCUUUAUAACACUAAAAAAAACAAAUAAUGUGUUGGUGGCGUCAUGAAAUGUGCACGCGUGUGAUUUUUGGUAAGAGUCGAACUUGUAUGCAAUGCAGCACGUGUCAGGCAAUAAACUUCAAUGUGCACGAGUGUGAUUGUUUGAAGUGCAUGAUUAAACAGUACACGUAAUUGGACUUGUGACUGACUAGCAUAAAACGAGACAUAAAAUUAUAUAUGAAUUAUCAUGAGGGUAUAUUCCUGAAUUAUUAAGCAAUAAAAUGUAAGAACUAAAUUAGCCCGUCUUUUUCGGAGUUGUAAAACGUUAUUUAAAACCUGUAAUUG